GUGUAACUAACCAAGAUGGCUCAGAAAGCAUCCAAAACCCUAGCUGCGCGAAAUGCGUCACGCCUAUUCCAAACACACAUAACAACACUCUGUCUACAUGCAAUCUUCCUUCUCCUUCACUGGCUCUUCAACCGUCCGCGAUCCUUAAUAGUGUACCUUGUUUUUACCGCUCCGACUCUUGCCAUUGAGUUCUAUCUUGAGCGCUUAGGCCGUCCAAAAUACAACCCCACUGACGGCUCCCUUCGCUCCCCCGGCGAGGAUCUUGGUGCGUCUGGGCUUGCGGAAUAUAUGUGGGAUGUUCUUUACUGGACCUGGGGCUGCCUAGGUGCUGUGUGUAUAUUCGGAGACCGUGCUUGGUGGUUGUGGACGGUGAUUCCACUAUACUCUGUUUGGUCGGCCUGGACCACUUUCAAAGGAAUGAGGAGUGGAUUUGCUGGACUGGGCGCGGAGGGAAGUGAAGGUACUACUACGGAGAGCAAGAGGCAGAAGAAACUGGAGAAAAGGGGAGGCCAUCGUGUACAGUAUCGGUAAAUUUUAACAGGGUUGGAAUCCUGAUUAGCAUGACAUCAAGAUAUGGUUAUAAUGCAUCUUGCUC